CGCACUAAUCUAGAUAUCAAUCAAUAUUUCUGUUAAGUUAAAAUUAUAUUUAAAUAACAAAUUUUUUACUGUAUGUGAAUAUCUGAAUUAUCAAUAAUGACAAUAAUAUCUGAAUUAUUAAUAAUGACGAUAAUACCUGAGCUAUUAAUAAUGACAAUAAUAACGCGCAGUGUUCCAUGCCAUUCAUAAAAAGUAUAUUAAUGAAACAUCGAGAAUUAAUCGCGUAAUUAAAUAACUUCUCAGAAAACAAGACAGAAUAAAAUUCUAGACAUGACGAAUCGUCAUUAUACAUGUGACUGCGAGCACGAUCAAAGAUAAAUCACAGGCAUAAAUGUUGUGAUGUAUGUGACGGCACGUUAGUUUUUCGAUCGUUUAUCGCGAUUGUUUAAUUCCUCGUUAUUAAGAGAUACGUCUUAAUUUGAAACCUUGCCUUUAGCGUCAUCUGUAAGCAACGUGUGCGUCGCAAAAGAAGAGUAACGCAUGCGCGUAUUUCUCUCUCUCUUCCUUUCGCCGUUUCGCUCAUGUGUGUAGCCGGUAUUAAUCAAUCACCUGUUUCAUCGUGAACGUAUUUUUUGCGAGCGGUCGACUAGUGCACGCGACAUUUGAUCUCACUUGGUUUUGAUCUACUGUCAAAAGUGAGCAGAAAAACAUUACAAUGUCCAAGAUGACGACAUUGCAUUUGCUUGCGGUAUUCUUCGCUACUACGGCGUUCGCUCUGAACGAGGAACUGCUGGAGCAGGAAUGUCCCGUAGAUUGCCACUGUCACUACUUUCGCAUCAACUGGGUGACGGACUGCUCGGAUAGCAACCUGACGACCAUCCCAUACAGCGAGCUCAGCCACGAUGUCUAUGUUUUAGACAUGAAUGAUAAUAAUAUCGCAAACUUCGACCCGUUUCCAAGCUCGAUCAAGCUAAGGCGCCUCCAAAUGGCGCACAACCAACUAACCGAGCUGACGUACGAGUCGUUCGCCGGAUUAACGUACCUUUUGGAUGCAGAUUUCUCGUAUAAUGCCAUUACACGGGUGGAUCCUGAAGCGUUUCGGGACAGUCCGGGUCUAAUUACAUUGGAACUCCAGCAUAAUCCUUUGAACGAGGUCGAGGAACAUUUCCUGAAUUGCCGCACGCUGCUCUACCUCGAUCUGAAUUCAUGUGGCAUCCGCCAUCUCAACACACGCUUCUUUUACAACACGACGCAUCUGAAUAAGCUCGACCUGUCGUACAAUCCUCUGCAAAGGAUAGAACCGGGUCCCUUCGAUCAUCUGACAAACUUGGAAUACCUCAAGCUGAACGGAUGCAAUUUAACCUAUAUAUCUCCCGAGGCGUUUUCCCACCUAGAAAAUCUGCGACAAUUAGAGAUAGCAGACAAUGAAUUGAAGACGUUAGAUUGGAGGAGCGUUCUCACGCCGUUGGUGCGUCUGGAACAUUUAGAUAUCCGCAACACCGACAUCACCAAUCUACCGGGUGACGCAUUCGCCAAGAACUUGUAUCUCCGACAAUUGGUCCUCGCGGACAACGAAUUGUGGCAUCUGGACGUCGAGGAUACGCUUGGUCACAACUUGCAUAGCCUACAAUCACUGGACCUGUCGAAUUGCAAUUUGCAUGACCGCCUAUCCGAGGAAGCUUUCAGAAACGCGAGUAAGCUACGCGUACUCAAUCUGAGCGGCAAUCCGAUGUUCGCCAGCGAUCUAACUGCCGUUCUUCGCCAUUUGCCGAAGCUUCACAAACUCUCGCUCAGCAAUUGCAGCCUCCGAAGAUUGCCAAAUGCGUUCGAUAUAUUCGAACACCUUGAAGAACUCGAUAUCUCCCAUAAUCCACUAUCCGACGCGUUCGUCAGUCUUCUCAAUCCGUUAAGAUCUUUGGAGUAUUUGGAUAUGUCUUAUUGCGGCCUCGGUUAUGUCGGAAAUAACACCUUCGCGCAAAUGACCUUUCUGAAGCAACUGAUUCUUUCGGGCAACGAAUUGCAUACUCUCGAAGAAGGAUUAUUCGCGAAUCUGACGCGUUUGGAAAGCUUAGAAUUGAACAAUUGCGACCUCAAGAUGCCCGUCGAUCCGAAGGUCUUCGGAGAUCGUCAAUCGACCGAUAUAAUAGAACUGAAACUCAGUGGCAAUCCGUUGAUCGUGCCCGAUGAAGGCUCGCUGCUUCCAUUGCAAUUAUCCAAUCUGGAGAUUCUGGAUCUCAGCAACUGCGGCGUCUCGCAUUUGAACGAAAACUUAUUUACCAUGACGAACAAUCUCACUCAAUUGAAUCUUUCCGGAAAUUCCAUUUCUGGCGUGGAGAAUUUGAGCUCUUUGAAGAAACUGCGCGCGUUAGAGCAUAUAGAUCUCAGUAACAACAAUUUGCGCACGAUCAAUCCUAAGAUAUUCAAGUCGAAUCCGCGUUUACUCUCGGUUAAUCUCAUGGGGAAUCCAUUUAUCUGCAAUUGCUCUAUCACGGAGACUUGGGACUGGGCCGUACAUGAGAAAGGUGAUCUCAAUGUACUCGUUGGCAGUCAACCGGCCAACUUUGAAGCCGGCUCCGCCAAGCGAAAGAAAAAUCUCUCCUGCGCUUACGACGAGGAAACUUAUCGAAGCAUGAUAGACGAGAAUCAGGCAACCGCAAAUCGCAAGCACUAUCCCAGUCAAUUCACACCCUCUCGCACUUGGGCCAAGUACGUUCGCGAGUCCAAUUGUAAUCGACGUUCAUGAUAUGCGGUGACCAAUUAUCAACAUCGGAUGUUGAAUGUUUACUACCACAAGGUACGUAGACAAGGGGAUGAACUUUGAACAGGUUCCUCACUACCUAUUACUAUAUCGUCAUAUCACACGAGCCAUAAAUAAUAGCGAUAUCGCGAAAUUUAUAUAUCUGUGGCAUUAUUUUUGUAGUCAUAGAAUUAAGGCAAAUCUAAAGUAGUUUAUGUAUCGUAAAAAGCAUGUCUGCAUCUCAAAAUGUUACUAUGUCAAAUACUCGAUUUUGUAUAUAAAUAUUCUUCUUUUUUGUAUAUAGUAUUAUAAUAAUCCGUAUUUGUCGAUCGCAAACUACGUCUUCGUAUAACUAGAUAAAAGUGUGCUUAGACCAGUGUUAGAAUCAUCUGCUGCCAAUGAUCGACAUUAAAUGGAAACAGUUAGAAAAAAAUUCCAAAAAUUAGAACAAUCGUAAUUAAAAUAAUUCAUUACAGCUAAAGUUUUUUAUGUAUCUACACAAAUGUCGCAUAUAUUCAUCGCUGAAACAGUCUUUCAUGAAGAGUAAAUCAUCAAAUAAUUAAGUUAAUUAUUUCAUAUUUAAAUCGUACAACUUGAAAAAAUCUUGUGUUUUCAUAUCAGUAAAAACACGUAGUUAAAUU